GUAUGGUGGUGGGGGAGGAACAGUCCCAUAUGUUUUUCCCUGUCCUGGAUUGGGAGUGUUCCCUCUGACGCACCUAGAGCCCAGAACAUAUGCUCUUUUCAGAUCCUAAAUGCUGUUUGCUUCCUCCCAUCCCUGGCAGCAGUGGCUGCGAAGAUCCUGUGUCCCCCUCUUCCUGGCAGUUGCUCUGUUUGCUGCCCGGGAAUCGCAGGACACUCCUCAGUCGAGGCUUGCAGGGCUGUUUUCAGUAGAGGAUUUCUAAUUUUAGGAGCCUCUGCCGCCUAUGGUUGAGUGCUGCCUUGCUGGAUCCCAGAAGAGAGGGGCUGAGCUGUGCCGAGCCAGGCAGCUCCUUUUUAUUUUCAGCUGAGCUAGUGUCAACCUGAGUGGCCCCAGAGGCCCGAGCCAAGCACUGCGCAGGGCUGCCAGAGUCCUUCCCACAAGGCUGAAAGACGGAGACUCGGAUUUGAAGCUUCCAGUCCUGUGUCCAUUUGGCCUUUAGCUGGAGGAUCUUUGGCUAUGUAUGGUGUGUAUUGUAUGGAUUACCAAUACCCAGUUGUCCAGGGUAACCAGGAGCCAUCUGCAACUCCUGAUGCAAUGGUGCAGCCAUUCACCACAAUCCCAUUUCCACCACCCCCACAGAAUGGGAUUCCCACAGAGUAUGGGGUGCCACACACUCAGGACUAUGCAGGCCAGACCAGCGAGCACAAUCUGACGCUCUACGGAAGCACGCAGCCGCAUGGAGAGCAGAGCACGAACACGGCCAGCACGCAGAACGGAUCUCUUGCACAGACAGAAGGAGGGGCACAGACAGAUGGACAGCAAUCACAGACACAGAGCAGUGAAAAUACUGAGAGCAAAUCCACUCCAAAACGACUUCACGUGUCUAACAUUCCCUUCCGCUUUCGAGAUCCUGACCUUCGGCAGAUGUUUGGGCAAUUCGGCAAAAUCCUUGAUGUAGAGAUAAUCUUUAAUGAGCGUGGCUCGAAGGGAUUCGGGUUCGUAACUUUCGAGAAUAGUGCUGAUGCAGACAGGGCCAGGGAGAAAUUACACGGCACCGUGGUAGAGGGCCGUAAAAUCGAGGUUAACAAUGCCACUGCGAGAGUGAUGACCAAUAAGAAGAUGGUCACACCUUAUGCAAAUGGUUGGAAGUUGAGUCCUGUGGUUGGAGCGGUGUACGGCCCUGAGUUAUAUGCAGCGUCCAGCUUUCAAGCAGAUGUCUCGCUGGGCAAUGACGCCGCAGUGCCCCUGUCAGGAAGGGGGGGUAUUAACACUUACAUUCCUUUAAUCAUUCCAGGCUUCCCCUAUCCAACUGCAGCCACCACAGCCGCCGCAUUUCGGGGCGCCCAUCUGAGGGGCCGAGGAAGGACAGUGUAUGGGGCAGUGCGGGCAGUACCUCCCACGGCCAUCCCAGCCUACCCAGGAAUAGUCUUACAGGAACCAAUCAUUAGCGCUAAAAUACCUCAGGGUGGAUACGCAGCCUACAGAUAUGCACAGCCUGCUACUGCAACAGCAGCCACAGCCGCUGCAGCCGCUGCAGCAGCUUACAGCGAUGGUUAUGGCAGGGUGUACACAGCAGAUCCUUACCAUGCCCUUGCCCCUGCCGCUAGCUACGGAGUUGGCGCUGUGGCGAGUUUAUACCGAGGUGGCUACAGCCGAUUUGCCCCCUACUGAAGUGACGUGAGCCCCCUGCAAGUGGGAGAGCCCCCCCAGUUCAUGAGGCCUGGCUAUUGCAAUAUUUACUAGUAGAGGAACUCUAUAGCAAGUCGAGGAGGAAAAAAAAAAAAAAACAAAAGAGAAAAUACUUUUUUAUACCUCACUAUGUUCUUUGAAUAUGUAUUUUUUUUUCCUUUAAAUUUCUGCCUUUAAUUCUUUUGUUCCAAAGAUUGUGCUUUUUUCUUUUUUUUGUUUGUUUGGUUUUUGUUUUCUUUUUUGGGUUUUUUUUAACUGUGGUAAAAAUAAUGCAUUUCCGUGUCUGUAUGUUGGUGCAUAGCUUAUCCUACCAAUCACGGAAAAGGCGAUUAGCGAUAAGGAAAGCUGUUAGAAACUGAUAUCAUGCAAUUAAUCAGGAACACGCAGACAGAGUUACUUCCCUGGGUCUGGUGCUUGGUGCCUGUGAGACAGGAGGACAUGAGGGAGAAGUCUCCACCUGCUGUGUUUCUGGUCUGCAGAAGGAAGCACUCUGGCUGUGGCUGGGACCUGAAUGCUGGUGGGAAAUAGUCAUUUACAUUUGGAAAUGGGGGAAAUGCAGAGACUUUCCUUGUUUCUAUCACCAUCUGACGUGCACAGGUUUGGGACAGUUUCAGCAGUGUCAGAACUUUAGACUUCACAAGAGGAGAGUCCCUCAACCUGCCCAAAGACUUCAGCUGUUACCUGCUCUAUAGGGGACAAGACUUGGAAAGGAGUUUUUGACGAGGAUGAUCUUUUCCCCACACACAGAACUUUUACUCGCUGAUUUUUGUCCGCUGCAGGUGGCUGUAACUGUCAUAGUUUUCAUUUCUCCUUUUGAAGAUCUUUCUUGCUGUCCCUUUCCUCCCCUUCGUUCCUCGAGGAGUGGCAGAUGCAGUGCAGGAUCAUGCAGAGAGUACCUCUGUUGUGGACAGCAAGUGACUAAACUUGGGGAGGUGAAGCACCUGCAGCCUUGCAGAGGAAGAAAGCGAGCAGAAGAGUCGAGCAUGGCGCACGCUCCGAGGCCCAGUGGGCAAGGGCUCUGCUCCUGUUCAUCCUGGGCUGCUUAGGUGCUUCUGCAAGUAAUCUGUUUCAAAUAAUAUGAGUGAGGAAAAGCCAAUCACACACAAGCUGCUCGAGUUGAGGGACAAGCAUGUGGGUUUGUGUGGGGGAAGAAGAUCUUUUAUAUCUAAAUGUGAUCCUGAAGUAGUUUUGUAUCUGGCAGAAGCAGUUUUUGCAAGCAAUGAAUUCAUAGGAACUUCCUAUCACAAGCUAUUUCAGGCCCUUCCAUAGCUGCAUUGGAGCCCCUGGGUUUGUUUUUCCCAGCUUCUCACAGAAAGUUGUGCACCUGGUCUGCUGAGUCCAUAUAGACACUACAUAUUAGAAGACUUGGAAGGAUAGAAACUACUUAGCUGAGGGCUCCACGACUCCCAAGACCGUCUCCCUUCUGCUCUCACAGACAAAGAAUUUGCUGUGUUUCAAAGAAAGGACACUUAGAUGACUGUGAGCUGUAUCCUGAUGUGGAGUUGCUGCUCUCCAGACCUCCCUGUUCAGCUGCUGGCUCCCAGAGUGCUCCCAGUAAUCCCAGGGGUCAGAGGCAGGCUCUAACCGCAUGCUGGAGAGAUGCAAGAAGUGUAAUUGUACCAGGCUGCCUCGACUCCGUGGAUUGGUGCUGGGGUGAGCCACUGCCUUCAGAAGGGCAGCUUAGAGUAUGGAUUUGUUGGGGGAGCCUCUCCAGCUCCUGUUGAACACCUGCUUUUCCAUCCACCACUGAUACAGAAUAGGAAAAUUCCUACAUUUAACACUAAGCAAUGUCAGCAAGCAGAGGUCCUGCUCCUGGGGAGGUGUCCUGGUCCAACCACACACAGCCACACACUUUUUGCUCUUCCCCAGUGAUACAUGGAGCCUCUCUGUGCACAGCAGAGUGGAGGUACGUCAAAUGGGAAGAAUGGGGACACCAUUAGUUAAGCUAGAGACCCUGAAGCUAUUGAUUUUCUGGAGGAAUAGCUCGAUAAAGGGGACACCAAACUGCCAGCCUGUUGGGCACCUUUUUUUUUUGUUUGUUUGUUUUUUCUGGUUUUAUUGUUGUUUUUUUACUUUUUUUUUUUCCAAGCCAAAGUUUGGUUUGUUGCUGUUAUGACAAUUUUUUUGUUGUUUGUAUAUAAAUAUUUUAGCUUGAAGAUAAGGAGGGGGGAGAACAGGGCGUUGGGGCUUUCACAAAAUCUAGGAAAUGAGGGAGACUCGGGAUGUUUGGGGGUUUUUACUGCCUGAGUUGGGGUAAAAGAGGGAGGACUUGUGGUAGCGAUAGUCAUAUUCAAGUGGAGUUAUUUCCACUGCAGAGCAGCCAGGGGACUUGCAGAGCUGGGAUGCAGCAUGUUCUCCCCGCUGUGGAUGGAGGGCCUGAGCGAGGCCAUCCCUUCCAUUCCCGCAGGCAGUUCCUCAGGCUGUGAGCCCAGGAGCAUCUGCAGAGCCCUGCUGGGGCAGCUGCUCCCCCACUGCCCCUCUCCCACAUUCAGUUCAGCUGGUUCUGACUGCGACUCCCCAAAAGCCGGGUUUUUCCUUCCUGAGUGCCCUCCCCUGCCCUGGCAGUGCCACCUGCAAUCCCCCCCUGCCACGUGGCCUCUCUGGGAGUAGGGAGGUAGCCCCAUUUCUGCCGCCUGGCAGAGUCUAUGCAUGGCAGCUUCAGCCCGCCCAAGUAUAUUAGGAAUGUGAGGGGUUUAGUGCAGAAGCACCCAACCUUUGGGGGGCUGUGGUCCCCCGAUCUCCGAGUAAUACCUGUUCUAAGACCAUUCAAGCCUGAUUCCUCCUGUAUCCGAGCCUGACCUGCUCUAGUCCCUCCCUGCCAGGCUCUUCUGGUGCAUUAAGCAGCCAGUGUCUCUGUGGCUCCAUAGUUAAUGCUGCAAGAUCCCCUGAGGGAGCUUGCUGAUAGCCUGGCUUCCUGCUCUCAGCACUGAGCUGCAGAGGGGACACCAGGACACUUGCAUGGCUGGUGGCCAGAGGUAGCUCACUGGUUCCAGGUGUCCAAAGCACCAGACCUCCCAAAAACUUGCAUGGCAAGGUUUCCUGAGUGAGUGUUGUGCUGUGACAGGAGAGCUCUUCAGCCUUUCUUCCCUGUUGGCAAACAGGGAGCUCCAGUUUCACUCUGAUCUGUUAUUGAGCUGAAUAAAGAAGCUUUCAGAGUAGCCAAGGUGUGGCUAUAUCCAUCCUCUGAAGAAGUGAGGACAAAGCCUAUAUCUCCCUAUGCAAAAUUAAUUACGUUUAAUAAAUUGAACUGGGCCCUGGCUUAUUAGAAUGAUGGCAGCUAGUGCUUGUCCGUGUGAUGGGUCUGCAGUCACAGGUCCCUUGCAAAGCAGGAUUUGGCUUUCUGAGGGAAACCGCACAGGCAGCCUGGCGAAUAGCUUGCUGUUUGUCACCAUCUAGUCUGGUGGCAUCUGGGACUCCUUUUGAUGCAGAGAAAAAAAAUGUAUCUUUAAGUGUAGCUGUUUGUACUGUCUUGCAAUAGGUUCAGCCAGCACAUGAUGAUGAAAUUUUGGUUUGAAGAGUUGGUUUAUUUAACAUGCUGGUCUGUAUUUCCUUGCAGUUACAGUUGCGCUGGUAUAAUGUAACUUCUACUGGUAUAGCAUAUUCUCUACUGGGAAUAAGUUAUAUUGAUGCCCAGCAAGUUAGCAAACUUGUCCUGGUCCCCACGUGUGGGAGGCUGCACUGUUGUAGGUGGGUUAGCUUUUCCAAGAAAAGCUAUGACAGGACCUGGAGGCAAUGGGAGCUCGGUAUGAGCCUAAUAUAGACAGCUUCUCCUGGGUUAAGCAGUGAGGUGGAUCCUGUGUCAUGAAUUCGGAUAGACAAAGCCAUGUUUAAAGAUAGCUGUGGCUUGGCUGUUCCAGUGCCUGAGAGGGAGCAGACUUGCCCAGCAAGGAGCACUGGCUCUGGAGUCUAAGACCUGUGUUUUGGACAGGGCUCUGCCAGUGACCUCUCAAGGGUCCCUGUGGGGCAGUCGUGUUGCUACUUUAGACUUCGCUUCCCCGUCCCUAAAGUGAAGUUGAAGUUUAUCCCCUGUUCUUACCUGUUUUGAGAUCCAUGGAUGUGAAGUGUACAGCAAGAGCUGAGGAGGGUUUUCUGAGUAGCUAGCUCGAGUGCUGGUUGUGGAACGGUUAAUGAAGCCAUUUCCCUGCCUGAAAAGAGACACUGGCUGCUGGGCUUUCAAUUCCAGCACCAGAGCUCCAUCAGUGGGGAAUACAAAGCAGAGCCUCCCAGUUCUACCCAUGGUUUUUCCCCAGCCCAUCCCUAUCUGUAUCUUCCCAUCCUAGCCACGAAGAUGGAGGCAAGUGGAAAACAGGUUUGGGGAGCACUUAGGAAUUUAAUAAAGGGAAACCCAAAAGACAGCUCUGGGGAAUGCUUUUGCUCAGUCUAGCUCCAAAGGGAAAGCACACAGGCAGCCUGGCAGAGGGCCGGCUGCCUGUGACCCUCCAGCCUGGCAGGGUGGGGGAAUGCUGUCCUUGGUGUAGAGGGGUGAUUUUUAAAGUGUUUUACCUGUUUGCACUGUUUUAAAAUAGGAGGGGGGGGAACCAACCUAGUGAACAAGAUGAACAUCCAAUGUAAACUUCUUUGUGUUUUUAUUUUUGACAUGCUCUUGGAUAAUGUCAAACAUUUUGUAGUAUACACCAGUGAGACUUGAUUCUUUGUUGCAUAAAACACUAUUUUUGGUGAUGUUAAUGUCUGAAAAGCCCAUUCCCUCCAUCCCCACCUUACUGAUUGCCCUCUCCACACUCCAACCCCAGUAAACUUCUCUUCUACAAUGAAAACUCCAGUCAACAAGGCAAGCAGGAGUCUGAUAGCCAGAGCGUGAAAUGGGGCCCUUUGCAAGCAGGCUGUGGGGUUUCUGCCUGGUAUGCUUUGCUCCAGCCAGGAGUUGUCAGGAGAGCCCCUGUCCCUCUGCAUUGCCUGCAGCAAUGGCAGUCUAAACGGGACUUGGGAUGGCCAAGUCCCGUCUCUGUUGCCACUGCUGACCCUGGAAGACAGCUUCUUGCUGGGGCUGCCAGUGCUGCCCAUGAUUGUCCUCCUGGGGCCGUGGGCUGCAGCUGGCCCAGGCUUGUGCAGGAGACUGGCUUCCCGAGCUGCCUCUCGACUCGUGGUAGAGCAGGAACGCAUCAGCCAAAAACCUUGCCUGAUUUCACCAGGAGAUUGCUGGUAUAUAAAGCCGUCCACCAAGAUACUCAUUUGGCUGGCAGUCAGAGUCAGCAAAAUGCCCAUUAAUCUUAGGAAUGUUUCUUCUUUUUAAAAAUUUUUGAUGUCCUGAAGUGGGUCAAUAAAUCUCUUGCCAGAUUCCCAGUUCUCUGCUGGUGGAAGGGCUUGUUGCUUCCCUGAGGAGUAAAUUUCUUACAGAAAUCAGGCCUCCCACAUUAAUAGUCUCAGUUCUGGUCAUGUUUUUCUAUUUUUUUUCUGUUCACAGUAUUUUGUGUGUGCGAGUGUUGUAGUUUUGGCAGCUCAGUUUGGCUGCAUUAUCAAGUGACAAAAUCAUCCUCUUUUACCCCAGGGGAUACGAUUUGGUUUUGUUUUCUUUCCUUAAUUUUUUUUUGUUUGUUUGUUUGUUUGGGGGUUUUUGUUAGGCUUUGUUUGGUUUUUGGGGUUUUUUUUGGUUGGUUUUUUUUUUUUUUAGUUUUUUUUUUUUAAUAUGGUAAAUCCUGCUUGUAAAUAGCUGGAGCUAAAACCUGGGGCUGAUAGCAAAUGAGAACCAGGGCUGUAGAUCAAUAUGGAGCUGGUGGAGUAUUUUACUGACCUCACAGGCCGAUCUCUUUGAGACUUGGAGAUUUUCAGUGCGAGGCUGAGAUGCCGCAGCACCUCCAAUGGCAGCGACAGACUUGCUCCUUCUCGCAGUCUCCCCAGCACCUCCCAUUGCCAGGUACCGCCGGGGAGCAGGACGUGUCCGAGUGGGACACGUUCCCUUCCCCUGGAUCAUUUCCUAGGACGCCCGAGCCGCUUGCCCAGGGUCCCAUUUCCCUGCUGACUCUGGAGAAGCAGUAUCUGCAUCCCAGGGCUUUGUGACAGCCUUUAACUUCCCGCCCUCCCUCGUUAAGUAUCAUAUUGUAUAGUAGCUUUCAGACCAUACAGUAUUCAUUGGGUUAUUCCUAUUAUUAUCAAGUAGCUGGAAUUGUGAAGGUUGGAGUAGUUAGAUCUUUAGCUUUUAUUCCUUUUUUUUGUAUUACUAUCCAUGUGUAUAAAUUAUUGAUCAUGUUGCUGGCUUUUAUAAACUCUAAGCAAGGGGGGAAACCCUUCCUAACCCUUUGCAAAUGGUAAUGAAGCACUGUUUUUAAAUAAAAGAGAGAAACACCA